AUGCGGCCGCGUCGAGGCGUUAAAAGGUGGGAUUUUUAGAGCCAUUUUUGUCCUUACACUUAAGCUCCAAUGACAAAAAUGCAAUUAUUUCUUUGAAUUUCCUUUUUAUCAUUGAAAAUCAUGACUAAGGACAAUAAACCAGAAGAAUAUUUUAGUUCCCACACUCCCACAGAAAUAAUUACACAUUUCUUGUUAUCAUCACCCGCGUGAAUUGGUGUCCCUCGCCGCGAAAAUCCUCCAGGCCGUCGAUAGCUCAGUUGGUAGAGCGGAGGACUGUAGAGCAGUGGGUAUCCUUAGGUCGCUGGUUCGAAUCCGGCUCGACGGAAUGCCUUUUUUGCCAUUUUUCUGGCAGCCUAUAUUUUAUUCCUUUUUGAAAUUGAAGCCUAAAAAAAUUUUCGUUCGAAUAGGAGUUCAUAAAGUAGAGAACUAAAAAGAAGUGGCAGGGUCAGUUUUUCGGUUUUAAAUCUUUGUAAGCAUGAUUAUUUUUGAUUUUUGUUAAGGCUUGCUCAAAUUUUUUUUAACGAAGAAGGAAAAAAUGUAACUCAAUCCUUAAUUCAAUCUAUUUUUAUUCCCUUUUUCCCAAUUUCAUUCAGAUUCCCCACCAUCGCUGCAAAUGUUACCAACCUCCUGAAUGCACUUUUACUCGAUUAUGGAAAGCAUUUCCGGCCUGGAUUUAACAGUAAGGAGAAAAUUCAAAAGAUAACUAGGAUAAAAGAAAAAAACUUAGGCAAAAAAGCGACCAAGGUUUUCAUAGAUUUAUUUGUCCGCACGAUGGGUCCUGUUGCUGAUUUGUCUUAUGUAAGACUUCCUUCUGGAAAAAUUAUGUGAGAGAAAGAUUCUAGACGUACUCAUUCAACUGCUAUUUCCGCCAAACUUGGACGGAUGAUCGGCUCCAAUUCAAUAACAGCGGGAUUGGUUUCAGACAACUCUCCCUGAGUAUGGCCAUGUUGGACAAGAUUUGGAAGCCUGAUACGGUGAAAAAAAAAGGAUUUUAGGAGAGAAUAAAAUGAAAUUUGCAGUACUUUUGGAACGGAGCUGGCUCUUACAUUCACUCGAUUACCAGUAGUAAUAGAUUGGUUCGGCUGAAACCCGAUGGAACUGUCCUCUUUUCGAGUCGAAUCACUAUCAGAGGUUUAUGGAAAGUUUAUGAGGAAAUGAAGAAAAUGGAGAAGAAGGGGAAAGAAAUAAGAAGAUGAUAAUAAUAGUCCAGCUUAAGCCAUGAGGUUGAAAAAUUCUACCAUCUACCACUACCAUACCAACUGCCCACCAUUUAGUGAAAUAUUUUGGAAAAAUAUCUUUACAUUGGAAAAAGUUAGCGUACUGGGUUGAAAUGAUUUUUUUAUUCAUAAUAUACAGUUAUUCAAAUACCUUGACAAAUGUUUUUUUCACGCCGAUUUUGCUUUUCGUGUUUGGAAAUUGCCUUUGAAAUUUUUUUAAUGAAAAAGUUGAAAUUUUUUUAAUGAAAAAGUAUUUUUCAGGGCCUUUGAGUUUUCCUAAAGGCCAACACGUCGGUACUUUUUCAUGAGAAAGGAAAUUUUUUUGAAUUUUCAUCAAUCAAAAUUUAAUGCGAAUAAGAGCUCGAGAACACUUUCUUCAAAAGAAAAAAAUAACUUGAAAAAUAAUGAACUGUUAUAGCCAGAUGCGAAAUGGACAUGAGGAGAUAUCCAUUGGAUAAGCAGGCUUGUCGGCUUGUUCUUGGAAGUUAUGCUUAUAGUUCCGAUGAAAUUCAAUACCAAUGGAACGUUUUGGAGCCUGACAGAGGCGUCAAGGUUGGGUCUUUCCACCGAGUUCCCUCAAAAGUAACGAAACAAGAGAGUAGAGCACAAAUAUUAGACACAGAGAAUUCAACACUCGAAAAUUUCGAAAAAUCGUCAUUUUUCAACUUUCUUCGAUUUUUCUACAUGAAAAAAUUUUCUUCAGCGUAACUUUGAACACACAACAUACUGAAAUCGAUAUUUGCUCUGAAUUCAAACUUGUUCGAAACGAUUUGCUCCACUAGGAAAAUGUUAGCUUUUUAAAGUUUUUUCCAUAGUAAGCCUGAAAAAAGGCGGAGCUUAUCAAAGCCUUGUGCAAACUGUUCAGAAUAUAUAUAGUGUCUGUGAAAGUAAGGAGAGCUCUCAGGAACAAUGAUGAAAAGUUUGUACUAAGCCUUUAUCUUCGUGAGCGUGUGUGAAACCCUUUUCAAAGCUUCCAGAAGCGUAUUCCUUCUCGGAAAUAUUAUUUAGAUCGACUAUGAAAGCAUCGCCGAUCUACCACAAUAUUCUCUGACUGGGUUCAAAGUCUUUGAUGCUGUCAACCUGACCAGAGACAGUUAUUUUUUAGAUUUCGUACUGGAAAUGGAAAUUUUUGUUCAGCUCAAUAUUCGGCCCUCGAAGUGAGGUUCUUCUUCGAGAGGCAUUUUGGCUAUUUCCUGAUGAAUUUCUACGUUCCUUGCGCUCUGGUGAUGCUUCUUUGUUGGGUGGCGUUCUUCACGAAGAGAGAGGCGACUGGAGAAAGAAUUGGAAUCGGUUUUAUUUUUUGAGUCCAUUCAUGACUUCACAAAGAGCCUGACAAGUUCUAGAGCUUAGUAUCAAUAAUGAAGCCUUGAAAUUGGCACGAAAAGUUUCGAGUCAAUAUAAAUUUUUAACCUAAAAAUCUAAAUUUGAAGAAAAUUUAGUCCAAUUUUUGAAAGUUUUCGCUAUUGAAGUGCAGCCUUUAGUAGCUUUUCAAGCUUGAACUUCUGAAGGCCUUGAAAAGGAAAAGUGAAAGCUUUGUUAAAGUGUUAUGGAAGCUCUCUAGUAAGUCCAUAACAACUUUUGAAGCUUCAAAAGUUUGCUCCACCAAAUAUUGUUCUGAUUGUGUUUCAAUGAAUCAAAACUGAAAAAAAAUGUUGAACUUUUUUCGUUAUAUUGGAUUCUUAGAGGUUCUCAGCUGAGUUUGAAAACAUCAUAGUUCUUUCAUAAAAGCUUUAUAGUCCCCUAGAGAACUGGGGCUCUGAUUGGCUGGCACUUCUUAAAUGUGAAAAAAAAAGUCGAACACUUACCAGACUGGUUAGAGGGAGUUUUCAAAGCUUGACGAGAUAUUUUUGUAAACUGAUCAAAAUUUAAAAAAUGAAUAAAAAUUUCUUCAAACAGGAAUUACCAACGUCUUGACGAUCGUUUUGAUAUCCCUCGACAGCAAGACAGAUUCCCCGAAGGUAGAAAGAAGCUCCGAAAGGCCGCAUUUGGAAUGGCUCACUUUUCCAGAUCGACAUGGCCACAGCACUCGACGUCUACAUUUGGAUCUGUUAUUUCGCCCAUUUGCUCUGUAUGAUAGAGUUCACUGUUGUGCACUAUUAUACCAAAUAUAACACUGGAGAUCCGGAAAUUCAAGAGGCCGAGAGGGAAAGACUCCGUCAAAUCGUGAAGAGCAUUCCGAAGAAUGCUGUCUUGAGGUUAGAAAUUGAAGGGAUCAUUUUUUAGUUUUGAUUUUUUUUUUCAGCAGUAGACAUCGCGCUGGGGGUUUUCAACGUCGUCCAAGUCAACCAAUGAGAAAACCGACUGUACCAGUCAAGGUAGUCGAUUUUUUAAAUCGUUUUUUCAGUUCUAAUUUUAUAAUUUUUAUUAAAGCUGUACAGAAAAUUGGUAUUCUAAACAGGCUUGAAACAAGUAGGUCGCAUUUAAAAUUACUUAUCAGUGCAUCCGACCAUAAAACGACUUCCGCUCGAUCGCGUUAAAAAUCUUAGGGUCGGCGAAAUUUGUAUCAGAAGCUCUUGUGCAUCUUCUACGUAACACUCAACUUUAGCCUGAACUGCAGGGCGUCGAGCCGUUUUAAAAAAGAAUAGAAAAGUAUUUUUAAACCAGGAAUCGGUAUUAAUUCUUUUUUAGAUUCAAAUUUAGGGACCUCGACCUGAAGUUCGACGAAUGAACGCAAAAAUCAGGUUCUCCUCAGUUAGGUAUCCAGCCAAGAAAGCUUCGACCUCCAUGCAGAUGACGAAAAUUGCUGAAGAGGAAGAGGAGGUUAAGAACAUUAUCAUCAUUUUUCUAUCUUCUCAAAGCAAGAUCUACGACUAAAAACUUUUUUUUUAGCAACGAGAAGAGCUGAAUAUUCAAUCUAUUCGGGAAGAGAACGUCGGUUGGCGCUUGUACUACUGGAUGCUGGAUAGGGUACCAUUCUAAAUUAUUUCAAUUCAAUGAUUUUGAUGAUCUUGUUGCAGAACGUGAAGACGGACCCGUUCGGCCUGGCCCAGAACUCGAUCAGCCGUGUCGAUCGCGUCGCCGUCGUCGUCGUCCCUGUCGCGUUCGUCGUCGUUCUCGUCUUCUACUACGAUUUCUACGUCAACCGCCCUUUCGUCUUCAAAUUCGACAAUAACUUCAAUCGCGCUUUUUGA